UCCAAUCCAACAAGAAAACGUCAAACGAGUUACUGAUUUCCUACGGCUUGGAGGUGGAUUUAAUAAAUAAUAACAAAAAACAGUUAGAUUACAGUAUAAUUUAAGAUUGGGGCUGCGGUCCUGAGCGGUCAUUCACGAUGUUGUUAUUACCGAUAUUCUGCGUUAUCCUCGGCUCGGCCGUCGGUCACAUUGAUAAAGAUGCUCCCCCUCAAUGGAGUCCCGUGUACACAGUUAAGGGAACACUGAACAUUCCUUAUGCUGAACUCAAAGAACCUUUCUACACUUGGUUCGACAGCAAUGCGGGCAAGUCCAGAAUUGACUAUUAUGGAGGUAUGGUCAAGACGUACCAGCUAUCGGCGGGGGUGUUCAAACCAUACGGUACAUCUAUCAAGAUCGCUCCAGUCACGACGGAGGAGGUCCUCAACCAGGACACAUGUCUGCAAGUCAACGGCAGCAGUGACAACAGCAUCGCUAUCCAAACUGUGCUGCCUGAUAUGACGGACUUCAAGUAUAUUGGCACGGAAACAAUGCAAGACUCGGAGACAGCAAAAUGGCAAUUCGUGCAGGUAAUUGGACAGAAGCUGAACAAGUAUACCAUGUGGGUGAAAUACAAGAAGUCGUUGAAGGAACGCGGUGUCUCUGUACCUAUUCCCGUCAGGUAUGAGAUGAAAGGCUACAACUCGCUGCUCGGCUCCCACUACGACCACUACUACAUUGAUUAUGUAGACUAUGAUGUAGAGGACAUUGACCCCAACGUGUUCAUUGUCGACCCCGCGAUGAAAUGCUCCUCGUUCCCCGGCCCGGGCGCCCGCCACUACGCGACAUUCAACCCAAUGAUGGAGUUUGUACACCCAGCUAAGGACGAACAUGUCAUCAGCGAGUUUGACAGGUUCAAGACAAAGCACGGCAAACAGUACGCUAGCGAUGUGGAACAUGAGAAGAGGCUGAAUAUCUUCAGACAGAAUCUCAGACUAAUAUUCUCCCACAACCGCGCCCGUCGUUCGUUCACGAUGGCAGUGAACCACCUCGCGGACCGCACCGACACUGAACUAGCCGCUCUACGGGGAAGGAGAUACUCCGGACCUAAUCAUGGUCUGCUAUUCCCGUACAGCCAGUCUCUAGUGGAGGAGGAGUCGGACAAGUUGCCCAGUGAACACGACUGGAGACUGUUCGGGGCUGUCACACCCGUCAAAGACCAGUCAGUAUGUGGUUCGUGUUGGUCGUUCGGUACUACGGGGGCAGUGGAGGGCGCCUUGUUCCUCAGUAACGGAGGGAAACUGGAGAGACUCUCGCAACAGGCACUCGUCGACUGCUCAUGGGGUUUCGGUAACAACGGCUGCGACGGUGGCGAGGACUUCAGAGCGUAUCAGUGGAUCAUGAAACAUGGCCUGCCUACUGAGGAGUCCUAUGGAGACUAUCUUGGACAGGACGGCUAUUGUCACUUGGACAACGUCAGCAUCGCGACCAAGAUCAAGGGAUGGGUCAACGUCACCAGCAAUGAUGAGAAGGCACUCAGGCUGGCAAUCUUCAAGCACGGGCCGAUCUCCGUGGCUAUUGAUGCGGCGCACAAAUCUUUCAGUUUCUACUCUAAUGGCGUCUACUAUGAGCCAGCAUGCCACAAUAAAAUCGACGAGCUAGACCACGCGGUCCUCGCCGUAGGCUACGGCAUCCUCAAAGGUCAGAAAUAUUGGUUAGUCAAAAACUCCUGGUCUAACAUGUGGGGUAACGAUGGCUAUGUCCUCAUGUCCACUAAAGACAACAACUGCGGGGUACAGUCCGCCCCCACUUACGUUUUAAUAUAGGGUAAGACUAGGAGGCGGUCUUACCCUACCUUGUAUUUAUUACCCUAUUAAAAAUUACUUGGGUAAGACUUUGGGAAUGAUCUUACCCAAUGAGACUGCAGAGUUGAGGAGAUUUAGGGUAAGAUUGUUUAAAUAUUCUUACGCUUUCAAGGUAAAGUGUUCUUACGGCCGAAAUUAAUAAUUGAUCUUAGAGCCGAUUUUCCAAUAUUAAGAGUUUUUUUAUACAGCAAUCGACAGAUAUUAAUUUUAUUCGACGAAUAAAUAUUAUCUGUUGAUUGAAUAAGCAUUGGUUUGUGUCAGAAAUUCAAUCAAAGUCGGCAGUCGCAAAGAUUUUGCAUUGAAGUUUCUAGCUGUUUCGGCUGUAAUAUUCGGUAGGGUCAGGCUAUCUGUAGGGUAAGACCGACUUUACUAGGGUAAGUUGAUUUUACUUCAGUUUAAACCGUUAAUUGUCAAUUGCAAUGUUACUAAAGAUCAAGUUGUUACUAUAAAUAAUUUAAUAUUUAAAAAAUAUUCAGUAAAACAUUGAAUUGAAAGUUCUAAUAGCAAUUUUAUAAUACGAAGAAAUGUAUGAAGAAGGCGUUAAGAAGUCUAAUAUAUUUUUAUAAUAUGAAAAAUAGUAAUUAAAUAAUUAAUUCUAAUAAUAAUGCUUCAUGAAUCUAAUGGCGUCUCUUAUUAAUAUAUAAGAGUUUGUCCUGAAUUAAUAAUAUUUAAUUACAGUUUUACUAUAUUUUCUCAUAAUUCGUUUAUGUUUUAUUCUUAAAUAUAUUCAUGUUAACUGUUAUUGAAUUUAAUGUUCGUUGCCGGUCAAGGACUAUAUAUAUAACUUCAAUAUAUAUUGAUUUGUAUAUAUAUAAAGAAUGAUAAACACUUGGAGCAAAGAAACGGAGUCACCAGCGAUUUUCUUUUUCAUUUCUUUAUAAAUGUCAUCUGAUACAAGUAUUUUAUUAAUUGGUAACGUAUGUCGUUAUAAAAGGAUAUUUAGUUAUCUUUAACAUAAGAGCAUUUUGUUGGAAAAGGAAUCAUCAACAGCCUAUAAAUGCCCACUGCUGACCAAAGGGAUCUUCUCACACGGAGAAGGUUUAAGCAUUAUUCACCACGCUUUAUCAAUUCGGGUUGGCGAAUACAAACUUAUAACGAUGUUUUCCUUCACCGUUUGUCAGUGGUAACGUAUGUCGUACAAAACGAAUAUGUUUUUUUAAAGUUAUAGAGGUUUCUAUAAAAUGAAAAAAGAAUGAUAGUGGCUUCGUUUCAUUGCUUCUAACACAGUAAUAUUGAUAGAUUCACCCCCUAUUAUAUGGGACUCAUAACUUGGCGAAUAGUGAAUGUUACACCUGAAUACAUAUCCAAAUAUCUGAAAUAUAUUCUACAUAAAUUUAAUUAUUAGCAAAGUUGAGAACCAAAAUAUUUCAUUGUCUAAUUUUUUUUAUAGUAUAAUUUUGUUA